CCUCCCCGACCAUGCCGCGCGCGCCCAGGUGCAGAGCGGUGCGCGCCCUGCUGCGUGGCCGCUACCGCGAGGUGCUGCCCUUGGCUACCUUCAUGCGGCGCCUGGGGCCGCAAGGCCGGCGGCUCGUGCGGCGCGGGGACCCAGCGGCCUUCCGCGCGCUGGUGGCCCAGUGCCUGGUGUGCGUGCCCUGGGACGCGCGGCCGGCCCCCGUCGGCCCGUCCUUCCGCCAGGUGGGCUGCCCUGGGGACCCCGCUCGGGCCUGCCGGGGUGGGAGAGGGAGGGCUGCGCGCUCAGGCCCCGGGGCGCCUCCGUCCCCAGCACCUCGGGACCCCUCCACCCCGCAGGUGUCCUGCCUCAAGGAGCUGGUGGCCAGGGUGGUGCAGAGGCUCUGCGAACGCGGCGCCAGGAACGUGCUGGCGUUCGGCUUCGCCCUGCUGGACGGGGCCCGCGGCGGGCCGCCAGUGGCCUUCACGACCAGCGUGCGCAGCUACCUGCCCAACACGGUAACCGAGACCCUGCGCGGCAGCGGCGCCUGGGGGCUGCUGCUGCGCCGUGUGGGCGACGAUGUGCUCGCCCACCUGCUGACGCGCUGCGCGCUCUACGUUCUGGUGGCCCCGAGUUGCGCCUAUCAGGUGUGCGGGCCGCCGCUCUACGACCUCUGUGCACCUGCCGCCACUCGGCCCCUCGCCACCUCCGGCCACCGGCCUGGGACGCGGAUGGACCUCAGACCCACGCGCCAGGCCCGAAACGCGGGCGCGAGGCGGCGUCGGGGCGCCGGCGGGAGCAGCCCGCCUCUAGCCAAGAGGCCCAGGCACGACGUGACCCCAGAGCCCGAGCGGGGGCCAGACAGGCCGUCUUCCCGGCCCCCCCCGGGCAGGGCCCACGGGCUGAGUGGCGGCGAACCUGGCGCAGUGACAUCUGCCAGGGCCGCCGCGGAGGCCAACUCCGGGGAGGGAGGGCCCCCUGGGACUCGGCUCACCUCCGCAGGCGCACAGCUGUCUCGGCCCCAGGGCGUGCCCCUAUCACACCUAUCACACCCUGAGACCAAGCACUUCCUCUACUGCCCGGGAGGCAAGGAGCGGCUGCGCCCCUCCUUCCUGCUCAGUGCCCUGCGGCCUAGCCUGACAGGGGCCCGGACACUCCUGGAGGCCAUCUUUCUGGGCUCUAAGUCUCCGCGGCCAGGGGCUGCCCGCAGGACUCGCCGCCUGCCCGCUCGCUACUGGCGGAUGCGGCCCCUGUUCCGAGAGCUGCUUGCCAACCACGCCCGGUGCCCCUACGACGCGCUCCUCAGGACGCACUGCCCGCUUCGAGCCCCGGCCCCUGCGGAGGGGUCUAGCCGCGGGGUCGGCGGGGGGGCGGGCGGCUGCGCCCUGGGGCGGCCCCCGGGAGCCCCCGGAGGCCUGCUCCAGCUUCUCCGGCAGCACAGCAGCCCCUGGCAGGUGUACGCUUUCCUGCGGGCCUGCCUGUGCAGGCUCGUGCCCGCUGGACUCUGGGGCUCCGGGCACAACCGGCGCCGCUUCUUGAGGAACGUGAAGAAGUUCGUCUCCCUGGGGAAGCACGCUAAACUCUCGCUGCAGGAGCUGACCUGGAAGAUGCGGGUGCAGGACUGUGCCUGGCUGCGCGGGAGCCCAGGGGCCCGCUGUGUCCCAGCCGCCGAACACCGCCGCAGAGAGGAGGUCCUGGCCAAGUUCCUGUGCUGGUUGAUGGGCACGUACGUGGUUGAGCUGCUCAAGUCCUUUUUUUAUGUCACGGAAACCACAUUUCAGAAGAACCGGCUCUUCUUCUACCGGAAGAGGAUCUGGAGCCAGUUGCAGAGCAUAGGAAUCAGACAACACUUCAAUAGUGUGCAUCUUCGAGAACUGUCAGAAGCAGAGGUCAGGAGACACCAGGAAGCCAGACCCACUCUGCUGACAUCCAAACUCCGCUUCCUCCCCAAGCCCAGUGGGCUUCGGCCAAUCGUGAACAUGGACUACGUUGUGGGAGCCAGAACGUUCCGCAGAGACAAGAAGGUCCGGCACCUCACCUCGCAAGUGAAGAACCUGUUCGGUGUGCUGAACUACGAGCGGGCCCGGCGGCCCAGCCUCCUGGGGGCCUCUGUGCUGGGCAUGGACGACAUCCACAGGGUCUGGCGUAGCUUUGUGCUGCGCGUGCGGGCUCAGGACCCAGCGCCCCAGCUGUACUUUGUCAAGGUGGACGUGACGGGGGCCUACGACGCCCUCCCUCAGGACAAGCUGGUGGAGGUGAUUGCCAACGUGAUCAGGCCUCAAGAAAACACGUACUGCGUGCGCCACUAUGCAGUGGUCCAGAGAACCGCCCAGGGGCACGUCCGCAAGUCCUUCAAAAGACACCAGGUGUCCACCUUCGUGGACCUCCAGCCUUACAUGAGACAGUUCGUGGAGCAUCUACAAGAGACAAGCUCCCUGAGGGACGCCGUGGUCAUCGAGCAGAGCUCCUCUCUGAACGAGACUGGCCACAGCCUUUUCCACCUCUUCCUGCGCCUGGUGCACAACCACGUCAUCAGGAUCGGGGGCAAGUCCUACGUGCAGUGUCAGGGGAUCCCCCAGGGCUCCAUCCUGUCCACUCUGCUCUGCAGCCUGUGCUACGGGGACAUGGAGAGCAGGCUGUUUUCCGGGAUCCAGCAGGACGGGGUGCUCCUGCGUCUGGUGGACGACUUCCUGCUGGUCACGCCUCACCUGGCGCAAGCCCAAGCCUUUCUCAGGACCCUGGUCAGCGGUGUUCCUGAGUAUGGCUGCACAGCCAACUUGCAGAAGACGGCAGUGAACUUCCCCGUGGACACCGGCGCCCCGGGCAGUGCGGCCCCCCUCCAGCUGCCCGCCCACUGCCUGUUCCCCUGGUGCGGUUUGCUGCUGGACACGCGGACCCUGGAGGUGUUCUGUGACUACUCCAGUUACGCCCAGACCUCCAUUCGCUCGAGCCUGACCUUCAGCCAGGGCACCAGGCCCGGGAGGAACAUGCGUCGCAAGCUGCUUGCGGUCAUGCGGCUGAAGUGCUGCGCUGUGUUUCUGGAUCUGCAGGUUCCACGCGUGCGUGCUCCAGUUUCCGUUCAACCAGCCGGUGAGGAAGAACCCCUCCUUUUUCCUCCGUGUCAUCGCGGACACCGCGUCGCGCUGCUACUCCCUCCUGAAAGCCAAGAACACAGGGCUGUCCCUAGGGGCCAAGGGCGCCUCCGGCCCAUUUCCUUCCGAGGCUGCCCGGUGGCUCUGCCUGCACGCCUUCCUGCUCAAGCUGGCUCGUCACAGCAGCACCUACAGGUGUCUUCUGGGACCGCUCCGGGCGGGCUGAGCAUCCAGAUGACUGAGCUGACACGUUUAUGGCUGACCCAAGUCCAGAGAGGACGUCGUCAGCACACCGGAGGUGAGCAGUGCAGAACUGAGCCCCACCCAACCCCCACCACCCCGGCCAGCCCCGUGGUGCCCUUGCUUUGUAAACACAGGGAGGACAGACUGCCCAACACGGGGGACACCCCCAGGACCCCUCACCGGGCGUCUGGGCACCCGCCGCUGGCCCCCACCCACUCACAUGCCAGGGGCCCGGUUCUGACGUUUCCGUCACAGACCAGACCCAAGACGGCACCCACUCAUCCUCUACACACACCAGAGUCUUCUGGUACAGGUAUUUUGUCGGCAUUUUGCUCAGGAUCACGAAUCUGUUUUGAAGUGUUAAACCCUUGAAAAGACAUGUGCUUGGUCAGGCUCAGUCACUGAAACUUCCUGGUUUUCCUCUUUCGAAAGCCACCGUGCGCACUGCCAGACCUCCUCCAGGUGAAACGUGGAAAUAGGAUUUGUAAAAGGCAAAGGAAUUCAGUUUUCUGGCCUUCCUUAGAUCUAAGCUGCAUGUAGACAAGCUCUCUCACUCAUGCACCCUGCAAACGUGUGUGCAGUAGGUGAGUUCAAGGUGAGUAGCUCAAGAGGAGACAUAGAUGGUGUCCCCAGGACCCCCGAAGCACUGAGUGGUUUACCCCUUGAGCCCCGGUUCCUGCCCCUCCCUCAACUGCCAUACCCCUGGGUGCAUGCUUGGCACCUGGCCACGUGGAUACUCUCCUGUGGAGGACACUGUAGAGUAAAGGGCUUCCCAAACCUGGGUGCCCUCAGAAUUGCCCAGGCACUGUAGGAGGUGGAGUAGUGACCCCCCAAGAGCACCUACUUCCUAACCCCAGAACCUGCAAGUGUUGUGUGACAUGGCAAAGGGGAAUUAUGUGUGCAGGUGGGAUUAGGUAGCUUAUCAGUUGACCUCAAGAUGGGGAGAUCAUCCUGAAUUACCCAGGUGCACCCAGGGAGAUCACAGGGUGAAAGGAGGACGGAGAAACGCGGGGGGGAAAGACUCGCUGACCUCACUGGCUUGUCGAGGCAGGAAGGGGCCACGAGCCCAGGAUUGCAGCAUGGGGGCCAAGGCGCAGAGCUACUCGUGGGACUUGGGGCACAUUUCGGGGGGGGCACUCUUGAGUUAAAUCCUUUGUAAUACUCAGCUCCACUUGGGAGUGGGGGAGGGGACAAGAGCAGCUGCGACAGGCGUCCUGGACUGGGCCCCCUGUGACUGACCCUCCAAGAGACUUUGUCGGCCGGGACUUUUCAGCACCCCGGACAGCGUUUGUCCUGCCCAACAACAGGAAGGCCAUCAGUGGUCUCCUGUGGCAAAGUCACACAGCAAGCCUGUGUGUCGGGGCCCACCUCCUUAGAUCUGAUGCCUGGUUCACAGUGUUGUCAGAGGAGAGAGAGAGGGAGGAGGAGGAGAGGAAGGAAAUGGAUGGAGGGAGUGAGGGAGGAAUUGGAUGGAUAGAAGAAUGGAGGGAGGAAGGACCUGGGUGGCUCAGUGGGCUAGACAUCUGAUUCUUGAUCUCAGCUCAGGUCUUAAUCCCAGGGUCCUGUGCCCUCCUGUGCACCCCUUCCUCCAACUCUGUGUUGGGUUCCAUGCUGAGCGAGGAGCCCGCUUGGGAUUCUCUCUCUCCCUCCCUCUCUGCCCCUCCCCUGCUCUCACUCUCUCUCUCUCA